AUGAAACUGCUGUUUAUACAUUGAUGCCAAUGGUUAUGGCUGAUCAACACAGGUCUGUUUCUGAACUACUAUCAAAUUCAAAAUUUGAUGUCAAUUAUGCAUUUGGACGUGUGAAAAGAAGCUUGCUUCACAUUGCAGCAAACUGUGGAUCGGUGGAAUGCUUGGUUCUGCUGUUAAAGAAAGGAGCAAAUCCUAACUAUCAAGAUAUUUCAGGCUGUACACCCCUUCAUUUGGCAGCUAGAAAUGGACAGAAGAAAUGCAUGAGUAAAUUAUUAGAAUACGGUGCUGAUGUCAACAUUUGUAAUAAUGAAGGCCUUACAGCAAUACACUGGUUGGCUGUGAAUGGGCGGACAGAAUUACUGCAUGACCUCGUGCAGCAUGUCAGUGAUGUUGAUGUGGAGGAUGCCAUGGGCCAGACAGCACUGCACGUGGCUUGCCAGAACGGUCACAAAACGACUGUGCAGUGCUUGCUAGACAGCGGUGCUGAUAUUAACAGGCCAAAUGUAUCAGGAGCAACUCCCUUGUACUUUGCUUGCAGUCACGGUCAGAGAGAUACAGCACAGAUUCUUCUGUUACGAGGAGCCAAAUAUUUGCCAGAUAAAAAUGGAGUAACCCCUCUGGAUUUAUGUGUACAGGGUGGAUAUGGAGAGACUUGUGAAGUAUUAAUUCAAUAUCAUCCUAGACUUUUCCAGACUAUAAUUCAAAUGACACAGAAUGAAGACCUUCGAGAAAACAUGUUACGGCAAGUUCUGGAGCAUUUGUCUCAGCAAAGUGAAAGCCAGUAUCUAAAGAUUUUAACAAGCCUUGCUGAAGUUGCCACAACAAAUGGUCAUAAACUGCUGAGCCUAUCUAGCAAUUAUGAUGCACAAAUGAAGAGCCUUUUAAGGAUUAUAAGGAUAUUUUGUCAUGUCUUUCGAAUUGGUCCUUCCUCUCCCAGUAAUGGCAUCGAUAUGGGCUACAAUGGAAAUAAAACUCCAAGAAGCCAGGUGUUCAAGGUCAGAAAAGUAUGUGAUAUUGUUAGGAAGAUAGACGUAAAAGAGAUGAAUUUGACAAAGCAUGCAUUCAUUAAUCAGAAAUCUCAGGAACAGGAGCCUUUGGAAUUGCUUUGGCACUCAUUAGAUGAAUGGCUAGUUUUAAUAGCUACAGAAUUGAUGAAAAACAAGAAGGACUCAACGGAUAUCACUUCUAUUUUACUGAAACAAAAAGGCCAAGAUCAAGGUGCCACUUCCAUUCCACCAUUUGAACCUCCAGGACCUGGGAGCUAUGAACAUCUAUCGACUGGCACAGGAGAAUCUAAACCAGAUGCUCUUGCAGGGAAACAGGAAGGCAGUACAGAUUGUCAGGAUGUUAUUUCUAUGACAGCCAACCGGCUAAGUGCUGUUAUUCAAGCUUUUUACAUGUGUUGCUCUUGUCAGAUGCCUCCAGGAAUGACUUCACCUCGCUUCAUUGAGUUUGUCUGCAAACAUGAUGAAGUUUUAAAAUGCUUUGUUAAUAGAAACCCCAAAAUUAUAUUUGACCACUUUCACUUUCUCCUUGAAUGUCCUGAGUUGAUGUCAAGAUUCAUGCAUAUCAUAAAAUCCCAGCCAUUCAAAGAUCGUUGCGAAUGGUUCUAUGAACAUUUGCAUUCAGGACAACCUGAUUCAGACAUGGUACACAGGCCAGUGAAUGAAAAUGAUAUUCUGUUGGUUCACAGAGAUUCUAUUUUUAGGAGUAGCUGUGAAGUUGUAUCAAAAGCAAAUUGUGCAAAGUUAAAGCAAGGAAUUGCUGUACGGUUCCAUGGAGAAGAAGGCAUGGGUCAAGGUGUUGUGCGGGAGUGGUUCGAUAUUCUGUCUAAUGAGAUAGUCAAUCCUGAUUAUGCAUUGUUUACCCAGUCAGCUGAUGGAACAACUUUCCAGCCCAAUAGCAACUCCUAUGUAAAUCCUGAUCACUUGAACUAUUUCCGAUUUGCUGGACAAAUCUUGGGAUUAGCCUUGAACCAUAGGCAGCUGGUCAAUAUUUAUUUCACACGAUCAUUCUACAAGCACAUUCUUGGUAUUCCUGUAAAUUAUCAAGAUGUGGCAUCAAUUGAUCCAGAAUAUGCCAAAAAUUUGCAAUGGAUUUUAGAUAACGAUAUUAGUGAUCUGGGUCUAGAACUAACUUUUUCUGUUGAAACUGAUGUGUUUGGAGCAAUGGAAGAGGUUCCUUUGAAACCUGGAGGUGGAAGUAUUCUUGUGACACAAAGUAACAAAGCGGAGUAUGUCCAGCUUGUUACUGAACUUCGAAUGACAAGAGCCAUUCAGCCUCAGAUCAAUGCUUUCUUACAGGGCUUUCAUAUGUUCAUUCCACCUUCUCUGAUACAGCUUUUUGAUGAAUAUGAGUUGGAGCUACUGCUUUCUGGCAUGCCAGAAAUUGAUGUGAGUGAUUGGAUAAAAAACACAGAAUACACAAGUGGCUAUGAAAGAGAUGAUCCUGUUAUUCAGUGGUUCUGGGAAGUUGUAGAAGACAUUACACAAGAAGAGAGAGUCCUCCUCUUACAGUUUGUUACUGGCAGUUCCAGGGUCCCCCAUGGUGGUUUUGCUAAUAUCAUGGGUGGAAGUGGAUUACAAAACUUUACAAUUGCUGCUGUGCCAUAUACUCCAAACCUUUUACCAACUUCAAGCACGUGCAUCAACAUGCUCAAGUUGCCUGAAUACCCAAGUAAAGAAAUACUAAAGGACAGACUUCUUGUGGCACUACAUUGUGGCAGCUAUGGUUACACAAUGGCAUAAUGAAGCCUGCAAAACUCGUCUGACUACUGAUGCACAAUUCAGAGUGGCAUAAGAAACUGUCAACAGAAAAGGAGCCUAAAUGCAACCCAUAAGCAGAGCUGAUGUUUAAAAUUCAUAAAGGAUCAGGUUUUCUGUUUUUCUCUAUCUUUUCCCUUUUAUGUUCUGUGAU